GGGGAGAUAAUUGGAGAUACCUGAAUGAUAAGACUUGCACCUGUUUCACACUGCAUAAAUAAAUACUUACCUCAAAUUUCGUCUUCUCUUCCUCCAUAGAAUUCCCAGAGGAAAAUGGCAGCAGGAAAUCACUCCACAGUGACUGAGUUCAUCCUUGCUGGGCUAACAGACAAACCAGAACUCCAGCUGCCCCUCUUUCUUUUCUUCCUAGGAGUCUAUUUGGUCACAGUGGUGGGGAAUCUGGGCAUGAUCACACUGAUCAGGCUCAGUUCUCACCUGCACACCCCCAUGUACUAUUUCCUCAGUAGUUUGUCCUUCAUUGAUCUCUGCUGUUCCACUGUCAUUAAUCCCAAAAUGCUGGUGAACUUUGUGACAGAGAAAAACACCAUCUCCUACCCUGAAUGCAUGAUUCAGCUCUACUUCUUCAUUUUUUUUAUUGUAUCAGAAAGUCAUAUGUUUGCUGUGAUGGCAUAUGAUCGUUAUGUUGCCAUCUGUAAGCCAUUGCUUUACAAUGUCACCAUGUCUUAUCAGGUCUGUUCCUGGUUGGUAGUUGAGGUAUAUAUGAUGGGCUUCAUUGUUGCCACAGCUUACAUAGUUUGCAUGCUAAGAGUGGUCUUCUGUAAAGCUAAAAUAAUCCAUCAUUACUUCUGUGAUAUUUUUCCGCUCUUGGAGCUCUCCUGCUCUAGCACUUAUGCCAAUGUAUUGGUCAUUUUGUGCCUCAGUGUAUUUAAUAUUCUUGCACCAACCUUGACAAUCCUUGGCUCCUAUGUCUCCAUCAUUGCCAGCAUCCUGCGAAUUCGCUCCACUGAGGGCAAGUCCAAAGCUUUCAGUACCUGUAGCUCCCACAUCACGGCAAUUACAAUCUUCUAUGGUUCUACAGCAUUCAUGUACCUGCAGCCAUCAAAUGUCAGCUCCACGGUCCAAAGCAAAGUGUCUUCUCUGUUUUACACCACUAUUGUGCCAAUGCUGAACCCCCUGAUCUACAGCCUGAGGAAUAAGAAUGUCAAAGUUGCUCUCAGUAAACUCAUUGAGAAAAGAGUAUUUUGCAUUAGCAAAGAUUUCUAAUUCUUGGAGAAGAUUCAGUUAGGUAGAGGUCCAGAGACUGCAACAUAUAUACAGAAGUAAUGAAAUUAUUGCUAACAUAUGAUUAUUUGAAAGAAAGCUCACAAGGAUAAGGCUGAAUUUAUAGUGUCACAUGGAGAGCUGACACAGGAAGGGCAGUG